AUGAACCCAGAUGAUCCCGACCAGGACGUCCACCCCCGGAGCGAAAUUUGGGAACUCCACGUUGAUGGAUCCUCCAACAACAGGCUCAGUGGAGCAGGGAUAAUAAUCACAGACCCAGAGGGCCAUUUUUACGAAUAUGCUCUCCGGUUUGAAUUCAAAACGUCCAACAACAUAGCUGAAUACGAGGCCCUCAUAGCCGGCAUUCAGCUCUAUCGAGAACUCGGAGCCCUGCACAUCCACAUAUUCAGUGAUUCUCAGCUUGUAGUCAAUCAAGGGGCAAAAGACUUCAAAGCCAACCAGAACAACCUAGGAUCCUACAAAAGUCUAGCUGGCGCCCUCCUACAACACUUCACAUCUUACAAGCUCACCCAAAUCCCAAGGGCCAAGACCUCCAAGGCAGAUGCUCUCGGGAGACUCGCCACAGCGCCUCCCGAGUCUGCGCCACCAGAUGUGCACAUAGAAAUCUUAGACAAACCUAGUAUUUCGAAGGCUUAUUCAGAAAUCUUUACUAUAGAAACACCUAGCCAACCCUCAUGGAUGGACCCAUAUGUGGCAUUCCUUUCCAAUGGAACCUUGCCCAUAGAUGCACAAGAAGCACAGCGGUUACGCCACAAAGCUUCACUCUACUUGCUUAAAUGCUUAAAGGAAGGAAGCUAUACCGCCGUGGCCAAUUUUGCCCGUCGUCCCCCUGUUCCAUUAUCUGUCAUCAUUUCCCCAGUCCCUUUCAGCCAGUGGGGACUCGACUUCGUGGGGCGGCUACCCCCAGCCCCGGGACAACUCAAAUUUGCUAUCGUCCUGGUAGACUAUAACACCAAAUGGAUAGAAGCAGAGCCCCUUGCUACAAUCACAACAGAAAAAGUGAUCAACUUCCUGUGGCGUAAUUUAUACUGCCGGUUUGGGGUACCACAAGCCAUCAUCACAGAUAAUGGGGCACAAUUUGACAAUGAGACAUUCAGAGAAUUCCUCUCUGAGCAAGGCACAACAAUCUUCUAUGCCUCCCCGGCACACCCCCAGACCAAUGGCCAAGUGGAAGCUAUAAACAAGCUCAUCAAGCAAAACCUGAAAAAACGCCUAGAAGAUGUUAAAGGGUUAUGGGCUGCCAAGCUCCUGAAAGUCCUCUGGACACUUCGUACUACCCCCAUAGCAGCCACAGGAGAAUCCCCAUACCUCUUGUCCUAUGGCACCGAGGCAGUAAUCCCCGUAGAGAUGGAGGUCCCGAGUGAACGGGUCACAACAUAUGAUCCUGAGACAAACACCACGGGAUUGCGUCUCAACAUGGACCUUCUCGAGGAGCGCCAGGAUAGAGCACACCUCAGAUAUAUCAACAAAAAACAAAAAAUUGCCAAGCAUUACAACAAAAAAUUUAUCCCCCGCCCUCUAAAAGUAGGGGAUUGGGUCAUGAAAGAGGUUAUCCCCCACCCUACCGGGCUCAAGGCAAAAUGGGAAGGCCCAUUGGAGAUAGUCAACGCCUCGGGACCAGCUACCUUCUACCUUCGUGACACCGAUGGCCGAGUCCUACCUCGCCCCUGGAACGCUCGCCACCUCCACCUCUACCCUGUCUAG